AUGGCACCUGUGGGCAAGCUCUAUUGUGUUCCUACUAUGCGUCAGACCAAGACGAUCAGGAGCGUCUGUGCACUGGCAGGUCUUGAACUCGAGAUCCCCGAGUAUAAACACUUUUCGGACAAUCAGCAGCCAGCAUUCCUUGCGAAGUUCCCUCAUGGAAAGAUCCCCGCCUUUGAGGGUGCAAACGGCCUCAACCUCACGGAGGGUGCCCCGAUUGCGCGUUAUCUUGCCGGCCUUGCUCCCAACUCUGGCCUUCUCGGCUCGACACCAGAGGACGCCGCACUCGUAGACCAAUGGGUGCACUUUGCUGAAUCAGAAAUUGUCGUACCAACUGAGAUGAUUAUGGGGAUGCUUAGGAACUUCGCUCCCUACAGCAAAGGCAUUCAUACCUUCUUCGCUGAGUUCCAAAUGCGCAGCCUCCUUACCCUGGAAACUCAUCUGAGCACCCGUACCUUCCUCGUUGGCGAUCGCAUCACCCUGGCUGACAUCACUGUUGCGUCCAUUCUGCAGCUUACUGUUUCCAUCACCGCAGAUGCUGCUGUGCGCGCCAAACUCAUCAACACUGUUCGCUUCUUGGAGACUAUUGUACAUCAGCCCAAAUUAGAGGCUAUCUUCGGCCCUACUGAAUACAUCGAGAAGGCGCUGCAGUACGUCCCUCCCAAAAAGGAGAAGGCACCCGCUCCCCCAGCCGCACCCAAAGAGAAGAAGGAGAAGGAGAAGCCAAAGAAAGUCGAGGAUGAUGAUGAUGACGAUGACAACCUUGUACCCGAGGAGCCCAAGGCGAAGAACCCCUUGGAACUGCUCCCAAAGAGCACGUUCAAUCUCGAGGACUGGAAACGUGCCUACAGUAACAAGGACACGCGGGGCCCUGAUGGCUCGCUGGAGUGGUUCUACGCCAACUUCGACAAGGAGGGCUUCUCCGUCUGGCGCGUGGACUUCAAAUACAACGAAGAGCUUUCGCUUGUCUUCAUGUCCUCAAACCAGGUCGGUGGCUUCUUCAACCGCCUAGAGGCAUCGCGCAAGUACCUCUUCGGAUCGGUGGGCGUGCUUGGCGAGGCUAACAACUCUAUCAUCUCUGGCGUCCUCAUCCUGCGAGGCCAGGAAGCAAAGGCAGCUGUUGACUGCGCACCAGACUUUGAGAGUUACAACUACACGAAGCUAGAUGUGUUUGAGAACCAGGAGGACAAAAGCUUCUUCGAAGGCGCACUUGCAUGGGAUCUUGAGAUCGAUGGCAAGAAGUGGGCAGAUGGGAAGAACUUCAAGUAACCGGAGAGCGUGGGACUUUGGGGAAGCUGCAGUAUCGAUUCCGUGUAUCAUCGUGUCUUCUAUGUACUAGAUCAUGUUACUUCAUACUUCAUACUAAAGGUAGCGACUGCGACACGCCAGUGUCACACUUCUCGAUGCCCGUUAGAAGUUCGUCAGAAGCGGAAUGAAUAUCCAGCGACUCGGAUGCUUUAGCGUCAU